AAUAGUUUAAGUAGUGCGUGAGAAAGCCGCUCUUCCUGUACGCACCUUAUUGUAAACCAGUGUCGUGUUUAGAUUAUUUUAGUAACUGGGUUUCAACAAUCGCGAGUGUAUCAGGAGUAAAAUGUUGGGGUUGAUUUACUCUCCAUACCGCACCUUAUCCAACAAUGUUUAAUUACAUUUAACUUUGCGUAAGAACGCUACAAAAUUGGACUCAUUUCUAGCUGAUAUGAAUUCUACCGGAUCUGGAUCGAACCCUGCACCUCCAAAUUGUGACCAUCGGCAAUAUGCGACAGUUGCAGAUGUCGAGUCCUGCCUGAAACUUCUAAAAGACUUAACACUAAAAGUCGACAAGAUAAGUCGGGCAGUAGUCCCUGCCAAUCAAGCCGGCGGCGGCGAUGAAUUUUCCCAACGAUUUCCGAUUGCCACCAAAGAAGCCUUUGACGAUUUAGAAGCGGCGCUAAGGGAUAGUUCGUAUGCAAACGGCUUUGUUGAGCACUUUGUCGGUCACUAUGAGCAGAUGGGUAAGCAAUUGGACUCGACUAAGCUUAUGUACUACCUCCUGGAUCUCAUGUUGAGCAAGGAUUUUGUGCACGCUUGUUCGUGGACGGGGGCCUCUACCAAGAAGGACACAACCAAGUUUGCAUUUGAAAAGUACACUAACUUUCUGAAACAAUUCGAUAGGGUCAUCAAACUUGCCAGUUCCAAUCACAAGAUUACAGACACCUGCAGUUUUAUAAAGCAGAAGGCUUUAACCAAUAGCGGACAGAGGGUGAAAAAUGAACGUGCAAAGGCCGAAAGACGUGAUCCUACUUUAUAAUAAUUUGAUUAUAUUAUUAACAUUGUAAUGUUGUGUUUUUACGCACAAUUAUAUUUUUUUAACAUUACCGUUUCCCUUACG